GUCGACAACAGUUUUUAAUCUACUCGUUGAGUUGUUUCAACAAUCUUAUGAUAAAUGGAGUACUCUUUGCUCACUGGUUCUUUCACAAAGCCUUGUCUUUCAAUCUCAUUUCCUGGCACAACCGUAUUAUGUGAAUAUCCUUCUUCUGUAGGAGGAAAUGUUUUGAGAUGCAAACAAUGGAUCAACAAGCUUCAGAAACGACCAACAAAGCCUAUCAACUCUCAAAGGAAGCUCCUUAUGAGCAACCAACAUCUUGAUUCUAGAAACACAAAAUUUGUUGCUCUUUCUCGUAAGGGAAGUGAUUGCUGUUUGGUGAAUGCGGCUUGUGAUGAUGGCCAUUCUGAAUCUGAUGAGCCUUUGAUCAUCAAGAGUUCAUUGGAAAGGUUUCAAGGGAAUUAUUUAGAUGCUUUGUGGCGUUUUUCGCGUCCCAAAGCAUUCAUCGGAACAGUAUUGAGCGUAAUUUCAUUUUCACUUCUAGCUGUGGAUAAACUCUCAGAUUUUUCUCCAUUGUUUCUCAUCGGGGUUUCUCAGGCUGUUGCUGCUAGCUUCUUGAUGCAUUUAUACAAUAAUGGUGUGAACCAAUUGGCAGACAGAGAAAUUGACAAGGUUAAUAAACCCUAUCUUCCACUGGCAUCCGGAGAAUUUUCAAUCAAGACUGGCGUGAUACUUACUCUAUCUUUUAUAACAUUGGCUUGUUGGCUUGGAUGGACUAUUGGUUCUUGGCCAUUAGGUUGUUACAUUCUCAUCCUUUUUGUGGCUGCUACUGGUUAUUCACUUGAUGUACCACUUUUGAGGUGGAAAAAGAAUGCUUAUCUUGCUGCUCUUUGUAUGUAUGCGAUGCUAGUACCUUCUGGGUUGACCAGUUAUUUGCACAUACAGACUUUUGUGUUUGGGCGACCUCCUGUUUUUCCGAAGCAUACAAUAUUUGCUGCAUUCCACUAUUCCUUCUUCGCAUUCGUAAUAGCACUUGCAAAGGAUAUUCCUGACGUGAAAGGAGACAAGUUACAUGGUGUUCAAUCUUUUGCAGUUCAAUUUGGUGAAAAGAAGGUGUUUUGGGCUUGCAUUGCACUUUUACAAAUUGGUUAUGUUGGUGCCAUUUUAGUUGGAUUGACAUCUUCCUAUAACUGGAGCAAACUUAUAACAGUAGGUAGCCACACGGUAUUGGCUUUGAAGCUCUGGAGUCGUGCAAUAUCUAUUGAUACAGGAAACAAAAAUGAGAUGUCAUCUUUUUUCCUCUUGGUCUGGCAGCUCCUUUCCGCUGAGUGCUUCCUCCUGCCACUUGUGAGAUAGUAACAUGAAGAAAUUAUUGAAGAAGUGCCAGUUUUUCUGAUCCACCAUGACUUUAAACACUAAAAAUUGAAGUUGCAACUCUGUACCCUUCCGUUCAAGAAUAUUAGUCAACUUCUUGAACUAG